AGAGAAAUUCUCAGCUAAAUAAAAAAAAUAAUAGACAUCUGUAAACAAUUGCAACUUAUUAAAAUAAUAAAUAUUCUAAACAAUUGUUUUAAAAUAAUAAUUGUCACAAAGAUAAAUUGAAUAUAAAUAAUUGUUAUUACUAUUUUAAAAAGAAGCAAAAAAGUAUUUUAAUUUUUAAUUGUAUUUUCCAAUUUCUUAACCUUAAAAAUGAAUAAUCCAAGAGGUUCAAAGGAUGUAUUUAAAAAAAAAUGUAGUGUUUGUGGUUUUCAAUCAAAAAAUAAUAGUGAAGUAAGUUUUCAUGUUUAUCCAAGAGAUAUUAAAAUGCGAGAAAAAUGGAUUGAUGCAUUAAGAACAGAUAAAUCAAAGUUGAAUUUUGCAAGUUCUUUAAUUGUUUGUAGUCAACAUUUUAAUCCAAAAACUGAUUUUUUAGAACGACCUCCAGGUAUUGGUACAAAAAGACGAGGAUUAAAACCAACUGCAGUACCAUCAUAUGAAAUAAUUCCUCGACCAAGUACAAGAAGUAAUUCAGAAGUUGAUACUUUAAUUACAAUAAACAACACAGUAUCCAAUCCAAUACAAUCAUCAAGUAUCUUUGAGAGUGAUAUCAACAAUCAAUCAGUUUUAAUUGAUCAUAAUGAAAUAUUUGAUGAUAUAUCUGAAAUUUCAAUAAUUGAAAAUUCAUAUAAUUCACCAGAAAUAACGCUACAAGUAUCAGAAACUGAGGAAACAAUGAAUGAAGUUGAUGUGGUUGAAGAAACAUCAUUUAAUGACAAAAGUGUUGAAUCAUUUAUAAGAAAAAUGAUUAAAACAGAUAAACAAUUAGAUGGUUUUACAGGUUUACAUUCAUUUUCAUUAUUUACAUCAAUUGUUAAUAAUAUUGUUAAAUCAAAAAGUGAUAAUAAUUUAUCAUAUGAUGUUAUGGAUAUUGAAGAUGCAGUUUUAUUGACAUUUAUAAAAUUAAAAUUAAAUAUAACAUAUGUUUGUUUAGCAGCAAUAUUUAAAGUUACUGAAAAAAAAGCACAAGAAAUAUUUAUUGAUACAUUAAAUGAAUUAGAAUCAUUAUUUUCAAAUAUGUUAGAUUGGCCAUCAAACAAUGAAAUAACAAUGGGAAAAUUAGAGGAACAAAAUUAUGAAAAUUAUUCUGAUUAUACUGAUGCAUCAAGAGUAAAAUUUAUCAUAAGUAUUGCAUCAACUGGUUUAAUAUCAUAUGUUAGUAAAGCAUUUAAUAAUAAAUUAUUUUCUCAAGCUGAAAUUGGUGAUGAUGAUUGUACAAAAACAGAUAAAGGUUUUGAAAUUGAUAUUGAAUGUACAACAGUUAAUUUACAAUUAUUAGAAUCAAAAUUAAAAACUGAAAUUCAAUGUGAUGGAAUUAAAAUUGAAACAGAUGAUUCACAUGUUGAUAUUGAAAAUACAUUAAGAAGAAUUAAAAUAUUUAAAAUUUUAAAUGGUACAAUACCAAAUUAUUUAUCAUUAUAUUGUGAAAAAAUUAUGCAUGUUAUUUGUGGUUUAUUUAAUUUAGGUGUUUCACAUGAUUUACAAAAUUAAAUUAGAAAGAAAAAAAAAAUAGCUAAGCCAAGAUAAAUAAAUAACAUCAAUUCGAAAUAAAAAUAAAAAUAUGUUAAUGUAAUUUUUACGAAUAUCAAUAAAUACUUUUGACUGAAUUAAAAUUAAAUAAUUCAAAAAAAACAAAAAUUUUAUAUCAUCGAAAAAGACAAAUUUAUUAAAAGAAAAAAAUUCAAACUAAUAUUAAUUAUUGUAUCAAUAAAUAAUAUAGAAAAUAAUUUUAUAAAAUUAGACAAUUUUAUUAUUAAUUAAAAAUAGUAAAACUAAAAAUUAUUUUACUAUAAAAUUGAGCAAAAAAAAAAAAAAAGGAAAAA